GCCGCCUCAGUCAGAAUGGAUGUGGCUUUGUAAAGGCUUGGGAGAAGCCAUGCUGGGGGUCUCGGGGAGAGACUGGCUUUGCUUUCUCUUCUUUUCACUGCCUGUCCUAGGGCUGCUGGCGGCUCAGGAUCCGAGAUGGAGAAGAGGAGAAAGUGAAGCAAAUCGCUUGCCACAGCAUGAAUUGAUAAAACCUCAGUGGAGAACAGAGGGCCCAGAGGGAGAGAAGCAUCCCCUCAAAGCUGAACUCAGGAUAACCGCAGAAGGGAAAGACCUCAUCUUGGACCUGGAGAAAAAUGAGUACCUCUUUGCUCCUGGCUUCACAGAAAUCCAGUAUACACCAAGUGGAAAUCGUCAAGUCACGCCAUUGAAAGGGGAGGAUGACUGUUUUUACCAUGGAAAAGUGAGAAGGGAAGAACAAUCCAGUGUUACACUCAGCACCUGCAGAGGCAUCAGAGGCCUGAUUGUGGUGAGCAGCAACCUUAGUUAUCUCAUUGAACCCCUUCCUGAUGGGCAAGGUCAGCAUCUUAUUUACAGAUCAGAGCAUCUCAAGUUGCCUGCUGGGAGUUGCGGUUAUGAGCAUUCCCAACCCAAUGCCACGGACUGGGUUCUGCAGUUCACAAACCAAACCAGAAAGCAUCAACGCAGGGUCAGGAGGGAAGAUUUACAAUCUAUGAAGUAUGUGGAGCUCUACCUGGUAGCAGAUUAUGAAGAGUUUCAGAAGAACCGUCGAGACCAGGUUGCCACCAAGCACAAACUCAUGGAGAUCGCUAAUUAUGUUGAUAAGUUUUAUCGCUCCCUGAACAUCCGCAUUGCCCUCGUGGGCUUGGAAGUCUGGACGCAUGGAAAUAUGUGUGAAGUCUCAGAGAAUCCUUAUUCUACUCUCUGGUCCUUUCUCAGCUGGAGGCGCAAGCUACUUGUACAGAAGAACCAUGACAAUGCCCAGUUGAUCACGGGAAUGUCUUUCCAUGGUACUACAAUUGGCCUAGCCCCACUGAUGGCCAUGUGCUCCGUGUACCAGUCUGGAGGGGUCAACAUGGAUCACUCAGAGAAUGCCAUUGGGGUCGCUGCCACGAUGGCCCACGAGAUGGGCCACAACUUUGGAAUGAGUCAUGACUCUGCAGACUGCUGCUCAGCAAGCGCGGCAGAUGGCGGGUGCAUCAUGGCUGCUGCCACUGGGCACCCCUUUCCCAAGGUGUUCAACCGGUGCAACAGGAGGGAGCUGGACAGGUACCUGCAGUCAGGAGGUGGCAUGUGUCUUUCCAACAUGCCAGAUACCAGGACAUUGUAUGGUGGCCAGAGGUGUGGAAAUGGGUACCUGGAAGAUGGGGAAGAGUGUGAUUGUGGUGAGGAGGAGGAAUGCCACAAUCCCUGCUGCAAUGCUUCUAAUUGUACUCUGAAACCAGGGGCGGAGUGUGCACAUGGCUCCUGCUGCAGCCAGUGCAAGCUACUACCUCCAGGCACUCUGUGCCGUGAGCAGUCCCGGCAGUGUGACCUCCCGGAGUUCUGUACUGGCAAGUCACCUCAUUGUCCUACCAACUUCUACCAGAUGGAUGGCACCCCAUGUGAAGGCGGGCAGGCUUACUGUUACAAUGGCAUGUGCCUUACCUACCAGGAGCAGUGCCAACAACUCUGGGGUCCUGGAGCUCGCCCUGCCCCUGACCUCUGCUUUGAGAAGGUGAACGUAGCAGGAGACCCUUUUGGGAAUUGUGGGAAGGACAUGAAUGGAGAACACAAGAAGUGUGCCAUGAGAGAUGCUAAAUGUGGGAAGAUCCAGUGUCAGAGUUCAGAGGCCAGACCCCUGGAGUCCAAUGCAGUGCCUAUUGAUACCACCAUCACCAUGAAUGGGAAGAAAAUCCGCUGCCGGGGCACCCAUGUAUACCGAGGUCCGGAGGAAGAGGGAGACAUGCUGGAUCCAGGGCUGGUGAUGACGGGAACCAAGUGUGGCUAUAAUCACAUUUGCUUCGAGGGACAAUGCAGGAACACCUCCUUUUUUGAAACUGAAGGUUGUGGGAAGAAAUGCCAUGGCAAUGGGGUCUGUAACAAUAAACAGAAUUGUCAUUGCUUCCAAGGGUGGGCUCCACCUUUCUGCAACACUGUGGGCCAUGGAGGCAGCAUCGACAGUGGGCCCAUGCCCCCCCAGAGUGUUGGCCCUGUGGUAGCUGGAGUGUUGGCCGCCAUCUUGUUGUUGGGUAUCAUCCUUGUAGUGCUCUAUUACUGCAAAAGGCACAGACUGGGCCCGCUCAAGCCCUCAGCUCUCCCUUCCAAGUGGAGGCAACAGUUCAGUUGCCCCUUCAAGGUGACCCAGAAUGGUGGGACUGGCCAUGCCAACCCAACUUUCAAGUUACAGACACCGCAGGGAAAGAGAAAGGUUACUAACACACCUGAAGUUCCACGCAAGCUAUCACAACCUCCCCCUAGACCACCCCCAGACUAUAUGCAUGGGGGGUCCCCAACUCCCCCUCUCUCGGUAAACCUCAGUAGGAACAUCAGGAGCUCCCCAGGGGCCAUGACCCAAGUGGAAAGAAAAGAAUCUGUGAGAAGACCUCCCCCAAGCCGGCCAGUGCCUCCAGCUCCAAAUUAUAUUGCUACCCAGGAUUUCUCCAGACCUCGCCCACCCCAGAAAGCUCUGCCUGCCAAUCCUGUGCCGGGUCGCAAGACAUUCCCAAAGAAUGGUGGCUCCUCUGCCCUGCGGCCACCUGUGGCUGGAAGUAGCCCCCGCCACCUUCAGCCACUAGCAACUCCAGCUCCUAAGCUUCCAGAUUUUAGAGCCCAGAGGGCUGGAGGAGUAACUAGCUCAAAAACCUAAUCCCAACACUUGACUUGAGGAGUCCCAACCUGGAGUUCCCUUUUUCCAUGAAGACCCUGGAAAUCACAAAAGAUAACGUGGCCUUGUAAUCAGGCAGAACCAUAUCUAGUCACUUGCCAUCUUAAUUAACUUACCUCCUCCCCCCACCUUCAACCUCAUCACCUCCAAUUCUUGGAUACUUUGACCCAGACCUAGUAUGGUCUAGCUUCUUUUGGAAGCCCAGAGUGACUUAUUUCUAACAAAAUUUAAGUGUCGUUUUGUGCAAUAUAUGAUUUGGGGAGGGGGAGAGAGUAGGAGCCUGGGAAAGAAGAUGAGCAUUGGCUUCACCUGACUGUCAACCACUCAGCAUAUCUGCAGAGAUUGAGUCACUCACCUUCCAGUGGUCACCUGAGCCCUCAAAGACCAGCACUGGAGGAGAAAUUGGGCUAAUGAGGGAUGUCACAUCUAUCUCCUAAGCCAUCUCAUAUCAAGACUCAGCCUGGAGAAGCCAUACUGGAGGAGGACUCAUCUACCAUGUCUUCCAUGCCUUCUCUAAGAAAUUGGAACAAGUGGUUCAGCUCCAGGGAACCCUGGGACCCAGAGAAGAACCAGAGGAAAAUCGCUGCUGUGAUCAAGGUGUUCCAGGUCACACGAGCCAUCUUGGUUGGGAUGCUUUGUGUUGAUUUUUUGUUCAUUUGUGAUGCUUAUCCUGUGGAGGUCUGAGUACUUCUCCUUCCCUACUCCCCUUUCCCCUUCUCCAUUAUUCAUAUGGGUCAUUUUUGACUCAGAUAGGUACUACAGCUAGGUUAACCACUCCAUCUACAAUAACAUAGACAGCAGGGGGGAGCGCUGUGUUUGUGCCUCCUCUGAGCCAUAAUGGUAAUGCCAAAGGUCAUGAGUACCAAUAGAUUGGGACUCUUAUCCUCCUUGGUGCGUAUCAGGUACAUUCCAUUCUAGCUCUCGCUACCCUGGAGUUCCAUUGUUUGAUCCUUCCCUUUCCACCUCACUCUCCCUCAGGCUCUCGACUAUAAUGAUGCGUGGUGCUUUGGUGAAUGGACACUAUCAAGCCCUGUCUUCCCAGGGAUGUGGUGCGUAUAGCUAUCCUCAGGGCUUAUUAGUAAUUCCCUAAAACUGCAGAGAGGGUCUUGCUUAUAAAUCUGUGUUUGUCUUUGUGUUUUGGGCUUCCUGGUAUUGGAUCUCAGGAUUGCUGACCGGAAGAGGAUUGGCAAGGCGGAGACAUUAAUGAUUGCCCCCCCCCCUUAGUUUAUUCUUAAUUUUAUUUCAUGAAAUCGGGGGUAAAAGCAGACAUUUUGGUUUUUAAUGUGAAUCUAAGGGAUUGCCAUGUGACUUGGAUUAACUCUGACUAUCUACCUGGUCAGGGUAUCUUUUAUCUAAUGUUCAGCCCUCUCCAGUCAAUUAUUCCAGAAAGAAUACAUCCCUUGAAUUUCCCAACUCUGAAAAAUACUCUCCCUAGCAAAAGACUCAGAAGAAUGUCCAGAUCGCAAGUCCAUUUGGAAUGUUGCUGCAGCAUUCUUUCUGCCAGCCGGCUCACAGCCCCUUUAUAAAUGGUCCAUCCUAAAGGACCCAGUUCCUCAUAGAUCUGUGGGAGCUAUACCAGAAAAGAAUAUUUGCAUCUAGGGGAGACAAUGAAAAGAAAAAUGGCUUCAUUAGCCAUUUGUACAUUGGCAGAGAUUCCAGUUGUAAAGCCAGCUGUUUUCUCUAGCCUUCUGGAAGCCUCUCUUCUAAUCCCUAAUUGUAGGAGAUGGACAGCUGAGAUGUCUAGCUGAUGGGAGAAGGGCAAGCCAGCCAUUUAAUUCUAAAAUCAUUUCUCCCUGAAACAACAUGGAAAGGAAACUAGUGAUUUGCUUUUUCAAAGACCUCUUUGUCCUUCCUACUCCUUGUCCCCACGCAUGGGCAUUGGAAAUUGGAAAUGGGUGAAUUUUCUCUGGAUCUCUGACCCAUGUAUUGUUUCUGCCUCUAUUCUAUGUAGGCAGGUCAGUCAAGCUGAUAGAAUCUCAGGCUUGCAAAGAGCUUUAGUCACUGCCCCUCUACCCUGAUUCCCAUUUCCUUACCAUGCCUAAGAAGCACUGCUCAGGAUAUAAGCCCAAGAAAAUCCCAGGGAAUAUAAAAUUCAGAAACCAACUGGAAAGGUACCCCAGUCCCUUUCAAAGUGGUAGGCUGAGGCUUUGCAAAAACAGAACCUUCCAAAGUAAACUUUCAGUACAUGGGCAUGUGUGUAUAUCAGUAUGAGAGAGAGAGAGAGAGAGAGAGAGAGAGAGAGAGAGAGAGAGAGAGUAGUAGUACAUUUGCUUAUUGGUGUGUGUCGAGGCUGGAGGGCAUAUGUGAAGUUUUCUAUUAAUUUGGGAGAUUUUACACAGAGUUGAGAUCCUUUUCUCCUUGAUUCACUUAUUAAUUGUUUACAAUUGAUGAUAUUUGUGCAUCUAUGCAAAAUACUUGAAUAAUACAAAUCAUUGUGCCUUUUUUCUUGUUUAUAUUUAAUUAAAAUGAAUUAUGGUUUGCCAUUUGAAAUGCCGCAUGAGUUGUCUUGCAAAUCCAGCCUAUACCAAAACAAUCCCAGAGCAUCCCACUCCUGGGAUCUGGACACCAGCAGCUGCUCAGCAGUAGAGAGCUCCCUGUAGCUUUUAAAAGGUUACAUCCAAGCUGCUUAAAAGCCAUCACAGUAGAACACAAAUGUUUCCAGUUCACAAGGAGGAAAGCCCAGACUUCCAUUUCACCAGUAGAGGGGGCUGUUUUUCUAUACAGUAUAGGACUAGUUCAGUUGUCUCCACAUAGCUUUGAAAGGCUGGGAUAAGUUGAAAAUACCAAUGAAACCCCCUGAAUGAAGGCUUACACGUAGAGAAGCAAAAGGACAAAGUUCAUGGAUCAGUGGCGUUAGCACAGAAAGGAACUUCAGAGAUCAUUUAGUCCAGUGAUUCUCCAAGUGGAGUCCAAAGAUUGCUAGGAGGUCCUGAGAUCCUUUCAGGGAGCCAGGAGGUCAAAGCUAUUUUCAUAAUAAUACUAAAACAAUUUAAUUUCUAAUGUGGUAAAUGUUGAUAGAAAUAACUCACCCAAACAAAAGCUCUUUGUGGGGUCUUGAAUAAUUUUAAAUAAUAUAAAGGGAUCCUGGGACCAAAACAGUUGAGAACCUCUGAUUUAAUCCAACAUUCUCACUUUACACUGAGAUAAUGAGGUCCAGAAAAGGGAAGGAACUAUUCAAGGUCUUACAGCAAAUUGGUGGCAGAGAUGGGAUUAGAAACCAGGACUUGCCAAAUGCUUUUUCUACUUGGACAGGCUACCUCUUAAUGAAAUUUAUUUUGGAGUCAUCCCCAUUUAGAGCAAUGGGCUUUGGACUGGGCCUUAUCUUAAAGAGGCCAUCCCUAGAGGACUGAAUUAUAGAUGGCCUCAGGCUUGUUUAGAAUAGGAAAACUAAGGGGAGGUGAAGAAUGUUCUACAAAUGAUAUCUCAAAGUAGUAACAAUAAUAAUAGCAGCUUACUUUUAUAUAGCACUUCAAGGUUUACAAAACA